CGGGCGCGGCCCGGCAUGGCGGAGGCCGCGGCGGCGUCCGGGGACUCGGCCUGUGGCGCGGCCGCCGGCAGCCCCGGCGCGCCCGAGGCCGGGACGCGGCGCCUGAGCGAGCUGCGCGUGAUCGACCUGCGCGCCGAGCUCAAGAGGCGGAACCUGGACGCGGGCGGCAACAAGAGCGCCCUCAUGGAGCGGCUCAAGAAGGCGGUGAAGGAAGAAGGGCUGGACCCUGACGAGAUGGGCAUUGCCUUGGAGGCAUCGUCCUGCAGGAGGAUGACCAAGAGAGGUGGGAAAGGCCAGAAAUCAGAGGAAGAAGGUGCAGAGGACAAUGGCCUCGAAGAAGAUUCCCGAGACGGGCAGGAGGACAUGGAGACGGGUCUGGAGAGCUUGCAGAGUCUCGAAAUGAUGGACGUCAGUGUGUUGGAGGAGACGGACGUGGAGAACAGCAGCGCGCCCGACUUUGGGGACGACGGCACCGACAGCAUUCUCGACUCCCUGUGCGACAGCAAAGAAUUCGUGGCUGUGCAGCUGCGGGAGCUCCCCACUCAGCUCACAGAGAACGCUGUAGACGGGGAGAAUUUCGAGAAUACUCUGGAUGCCUCGUCACUGGACUUCAAAGUACCUUCGGACAUUGAAGAGCCUCUGUUGGAGCCAGAAAAUGAGAAAAUACUCGGCAUUUUGGGGCAAACUUGUAAAUCUGAGCCAGUAAAAGAAGAAGGUUUCGAGCUGGAGCCGCCAUUGGCACAGGACACGAGUAGCGUGGGGCCAGACAGAAAGCUGGCGGAGGAAGAGGACCUUUUUGGCAGCGGCCACCCGGAGGAGGGUGACUUAGAUUUGGCCAGCGAGUCACCGGCACGAGCUCAGUGGAGCAAGGCAGACGCCCUGUUAGCGGUAGUGAAAAGGGAGCCCGUGGAGCAGACAGGCGCUGGCGAGAGGACGGACUGUGAAGCCGUAGGGCUAGACCAGCCAGUUGAGGCCCAGAGUAGUGACGCCUCCGAGCCCGCGGACGCCUCUAGCGAGGAGGCGGCGGAAACGGCCCGGGAAGCCUCGAGCCCAGAGCCCAGAGAUAGCAAAGACGACGUGAAGAAGUUUGCUUUUGAAGCUUGUAACGAAGUCCCUCCGGCUCCUAAAGAGUCCUCAGCCAGUGAGGGCGCUGAGCAGAACACGAGCUCUUUUAAGGAAGAAAAAGAUAUAAAGCCAAUCAUUAAAGAUGAAAAAGGCCGCGCGGGCAGCAGCAGCAGCUCCGGCCGGAACCUGUGGGUCAGUGGGUUGGCGUCCACCACUCGAGCCACGGACCUGAAGAACCUUUUCAGCAAGUACGGGAAGGUCGUUGGGGCCAAAGUGGUGACCAACGCCCGCAGUCCUGGGGCGCGGUGCUACGGAUUCGUCACCAUGUCGACCUCGGAGGAGGCCACCAAGUGCAUCAGCCACUUGCACAGGACCGAGCUCCACGGGAGGAUGAUCUCCGUGGAGAAGGCCAAAAACGAGCCCGCCGGGAAGAAGUUGGCCGACAGGAAAGAGUGCGAGGUGAAGAAGGAGAAGGUGUCUGCUGCGGAGAAGCAUCGCCCGCCGGAGAUCAAAGUCGAAAAAACCGUGAUUAAGAAGGAGGAGAAGAGGGAGGAAAAGAAGCCGGAGGAUAUUAAGAAGGAGGACAACGACGAGGACGAGCUGAAAGCAGGGCUCCCCAACCGCUCCCGUGUCACCAAAUCAGGCAGCCGCGGCAUAGAGCGGACAGUCGUCAUGGAUAAGUCGAAAGGCGAGCCGGUCAUCAGCGUGAAGACCGCGAGCAGGUCCAAGGAGAGAAGCUCGCAGAGCCAGGACCGCCAGUCGGAGGGCAAGGAGAAGCGGGACAUCCUGUCCUUCGACAAGAUCAAGGAGCAGCGCGAGCGCGAGCGGCAGAGGCAGCGCGAGCGGGAGAUCCGGGAGACGGAGAGGCGGCGGGAGCGCGAGCAGCGGGAGCGCGAGCAGCGCCUCAAGGCCUUCCAGGAGCGCAAGGAGAAGAUGCGGCUGCAGUACGAGCGCGCGCAGCUGGAGUGGCAGCGCCAGCGGCUGGAGCGCGAGCGCGUGCGCGUGGAGCGCGAGCGGCGGCGCGAGCAGGAGCGCAUCCACCGCGAGCGCGAGGAGCUGCGGCGCCAGCAGGAGCAGCUGCGCUACGAGCAGGAGCGGCGGCCGGCGCUGCGGCGGCCCCACGACGACGACCGCUACGACGACCGGCGCGACGACGGCUACUGGCCGGAGGGGAAGCGCGCGGCCCUGGAAGGCGGCAGGUACCGGAACAGCUUCUCGCGGGCCAACCACCACGGCUUCCACGACUUCGACCACCGAGAGCGGUGCCAGUACCAGGAGCACGUGGCCGACAGAAGGGAAAGUUCGCGCUCCAUGAUGGCCGAGCGGGACGGGCAGCACUACUCGGACGACCGCCACGGGGGACCAGAGCGCCCCAUCAGGGACUCCCGGGAUGCCUGGGGGGGCUACGGCUCUGACAAGCGCUUGAGCGAGGGCCGGGGCCCGCCCCCUCCGCCCAGGGGUGCCCGCGAGUGGACCGAGCACAGCCAGCGGCUGGAGGAGCACCAGCAGCGCAGCUGGCCGGGCGCCACUGACUCAGGCACGUCGGGCCGGGAGCAUGCCAGGUGGCAAGGCGGGGAGCGAGGCCUGCCCGGGCCUUCGGGCCCAGCGCACAUGGCCAGCCGGGAAGGCCUGUCGGGGCGCGGCGGUUUUGCACAAGUUGGCCACUCGCAGGGCCACGUGGCGCCCAGCGGCGGACUGGACAGUGAAGGACUGGCCGGCCAGGACCGGGGCAGCCGCGCCCCGCACCCCCACCCGUACCCCCACUUCACCCGCCGCUACUGAGCCCCAUCCGCGCAGUGCUGCGGGCAGGCGGGGCCCAGCGGACUCGGGCCGGAGCCCCCCGAGCCUGGUCUCCCGGGGGGCGCGCGGGCCGCCGUCGGAGCCCGGGCCCACGGCUCGCUCUCCGCUCGCUCUCGCCCUUUUUAAAAUAAACGUGUUCCUGUUCUGCCAUUUCU